AUGAGUAGUGAUGCUAACUGCAUCACUCCCCAUGGGGAAUCACCCUUUCUGGGCAGUCAUGAGGAGGAAGAGGAUGAGGUAAAUGCAGAGGAGCAGAUGGUGGAGAGACUGUCGGGUCUGAAGAGGCCUUUGGCGGUUACCGCUUGCGAGCUUUGCAAAGCGAGAAAGGUACGCUGUGAUCGCGUAGAGCCCUCGUGUGGAUGGUGCACUCGCAAUAGCCGGUCCUGCGUCUACAAAGGGCGUCAGAAGCCAGGAUUCCGCGCUGGACAUAUGCGCGAACUUGAGAAUAAGGUCAAUAAGCUUGAGGUUAUACUGCAAGCAUUGGGCCACCGUGUAGAAGGCUUGAUCUCAAUAUCCAACACAGCCAGAUUGGCAGAUGAUCAAACAACACAUCCCCUUCAGUCUCCCAGAACCCCCGGUGGAGUAGGGGCACAGCAAUCAGAUGGUAUGAUAUGCUAUGACUCUCGCACUCUGGAGCUCAUGUCAGUUCAGUUGACGACGAAUCCGAGUGGCUCCACUGAGGCGUCGUUGCGGGACCUGCCUUCAGGUGAGUUGCUGUACAAUCUUGUUGACUUGUACUUCAAGUAUGUCAAUACGUGGUGUCCGAUCCUGGAUCGCAAAGCCAUAUUCGAUAGCUUCUUUCUUGGUUCGUCUAUCCCAGAUAAUACAGACCGAAUAGUUCUCUAUGCUAUCGUCGCAACCGCACUGCGGUUCAGUCAAGACCCAUCACUGACGGAAGAAUCUCGCAAGCGAUAUCAUUCUGUCGCAACGGCCAAGGUUUUGCUCCGUGGGAUAAUACAGACUCCCUCGAUAGAGUCUCUUCAAGCGCUUGUGAUCCUUGCUUGGGACUUCCUGGGGACUUCUGAUGGGCCACAGAGCUCAAAUAUUAUCGCUAUGAUAGCUCGCACUGUCCUGCUACUGAAUCUGCAUGUUGAAUCAAGUUUAUCCCAGUCAUCUGCUAUACGUGCGAGUGUGCCUCCUAGCAGACUUCGCGAUAGCCUUUUACCCCAGCCAGGCUCCUGGAUUGAGGAGGAAGGUCGCCGGCGGCUGUUCUGGAUGGUCUACAUCAUCGAAUGCUAUGCCUCAGUUGCCACAGAAUCAGACUCUGUCUUUUGUGAUGCCAAUAUCGACCGUUCUCUUCCCUGUCGUUAUGAUUUAUUUUCGAAAAACCAACCGGUUGAAACACGCUGGUUUAAGGGACCUGGACGCUCCAAAAUGAUAAUUAAUCAACCUGAUAAUUUAGGAAGUUUUUCCUAUCACUGCGAGAUCAUUCGCACUCUGAGCCGUGUUCAAGCCUUUUUACGAACCCCUGUGGAUAUCUGCUCAAUGGCAGAUGUGGAAAAAUGGCAGAAUACUUACUACGAACUAGAUAACGAACUAAAUACUUGGCUUAAUAACCUGCCACAGGACUAUAGUAAUGUCUCACAGCUCUGCCAUUCAGACCCAACAAGCAAGAUUUCGAAUUGGAUAAUUCUACACUCUGCAUUUGUUACCUCAGUGGUACGUCUGCAUUCUUGCGCAGCAUAUCCUACUGUUCGAUCACAUAUUUUUACACCGUCCUAUAAUGCCUCUCAGCGCUGUCUCACCGCGGUAGAGAGUUUGCGGGAGAUUGCGCAGGAUGUGUUCAAAACUGGCAUGAUUAAUCUUCUUGGUCCUCAUUUUGUGUUUUCUUUAUAUGUAGCUGUCCGGCUUUUGCUUGUCCAUGCAGCGUGCACUGGAACAGACCCAAAUUGCGAGUAUUUUAUCUUCAUCCUUGACCAGAUGAGUCAGUAUUGGGGUGUGGCAGGUCAAUACGCUCGGCUAUUAGAUCGGAUAUGGAAGCGGUCUCGAGUAGGAUGGCCUUACAGUAACGGCACGAUGUCGUCUGCUCCAAAGGCACUCUCUAUGAUGCGGAGAAGAGCCUACGAACUUCAUAUUUCGGCUGUUCAGCGUCCAUCAACUACAAUUAAACCUCUACCAACCAAGUCAGUUACAGCUGAGGACUUGGAUUACCUUGAAGUGUUUGAUUUCUUCAAUUACCCCCGCCUCCCUACCGGCAUAGUAAGCAGCCCGAGUCUUCACGGGUCGCUGUUGAACUUGGAUGGCGUUGCUUCUGGAAAAGACUAUUUUGUGGCGACAAGUUUCCCAACAGAUUUGGGGUUGUCGUACGGGGCAACUUGA